GAAAUUACCUCACCAAACGGACAUCUUAGAAGCAAGACAACGACGCUUAUUCAGUAGAAUCUCUGACAAAAUUCACUACGAUCUUUUAACAGUUUUUUGUGGCCAUUUUGCAUCACUGUGUCAUGGAAGAUAGCGAUAUAAACAAGAAUUAUGCACGAGAUCUUCAACAAGUACGUGUACGAGAAAUUUUGAACAAAGAACAGAUCAAACUAUGGCUGCCACCAUACACCAACGAGGAUGGUAGCAAAGGGGAUUCACCAAAUGAUCUGAUUGCAAGAUAUGCUCAAGCCUUGCAACUUACGGAAGAAGUAGUCUCUGGAAUUUUAGAAAAUCUAAGAGUUCAUGCACUGCAAAAGCUUGCAGAACGAGAGAAAUACAAGAAAUCAGGACUAGCUUCAGUGAAAGUUAAAAUGACUGGCCAUCCAACAAGUGCAAACAAGACUCAGAAUAUUGUACUUGAGAUCAGUCUUGAUGACUUGGGAAAGCAGUUAAGGGACAUGCUGUCACAACAGGUGGAACUACCGGCUGACCAGCUUAAACUCAUCUGUCAGGGUUGUGUGAUUACUGAUGAGAGACCUCUUCAAUCACAAGGAGUGAAGCAUGGUAGCCAGAUAAUGGCACUGUGCCUUUCUGUGAGUCAAACUCAGGCUGUUAAGCAACAGGAAGAUGUCACCAGGAUGAUUGACACCAGAAAGGCAGCAGAACUUCUCUCAGAAAAAGCAGAGACAGAUGACUAUGAUAUCCAGAUUGCAGACCAAUCAGGAAGGCCACUUGCUAUACCAGCGGUAGAAAAAAAGGCCCUGACAUUGGCAAUCACUUUACAUGAGAAAGGCAGGGCAGCAAUGAAAAAGAAGGAGAAUGGCCAAGCACUACUGCUGUUAUUGGAGGCUGACAAGGAAUUCAGAAAGUGUCGAUCCGACAUCUUGAAUGCUGUAGACAACUAUGCAGUCCUGUGUUUAGAUAUUGUCUGGUGUUAUCUCUGUCUUCGAAAUAUUGAGGAUCUUCCUGAUGCAGAUAGUCGACUACAUGCGAGUGAGGAGUGUUUCCAGAGGACCUAUGGGAACAACAUGGAACGACUUUUAGCAGUGAAAGGAGGUUCUGGAACAGAGCUGGCCUUGAUGAUGAGGUUACACCUUUUGCAAGGAAUAGUGGCCUUUCAUCAACAUAGGAUACAGGAAGCUGCCAGAUUGCUGCAGAAGGCUGAAGAAGAGCUAAAAAGGUUGAAUGUUGAUGGAGACAAACUUGCUCAAGUGAUGCAAAUGGGUUUCAAGGAGAGGGAAGGACGAUUAGCCCUUAGAGUAACCAGUGGGGAUGUGGAGGCUUCUGUCCAGUACAUCAUAAAAAAGCGUGAGGAGAAAAAAACAAUAACUAAAAAAGUUGAAGAGGAGCGACGAAAGAAAAAAAUACAAAAAUCUUUAGGGUCAACUGCAAAUGGCGAAAAAGUUAAUGUUGACACGUACGAGAUGCUACUGGCAAUGGGCUUCAGGAAUGGUGCGUCAGCAGAAGCUCUUCGUCAAGCAAAUAAUGACCUAAGCUUGGCCUUAGAGGUACUACAAAACCAUCCUGAGAUUUUAGACCUGCCUGACCCAAUUAAUUCCCCGGUAUCUAUCACAGACGAUAUGCUUGCUCAGGUGAUGUCAUUGGGAUUUGAAAACGAUAUGGCUAGAAAUGCCCUUGAGAAACACCGUGGCAGCAUUGAGAGGGCUAUAGAAGAUCUGGUCAAGUCUGGCGGAGUGGUAUCACCUCCCAGUACAUCAUCAUCUUCAUCUUCAUCUUCAUCAAGUUCUUCACCGUCUGAAGAAAAGAAGAAACAAAAGGAAGUGCUGGACGAUCUUGUGUCUGACAUUGCUAAAGAUGAAGAGGAUUACCUAGACUUGGCACUUUAUGAUGAAGCACAGUUUUUAGAAUAUUACAAAAGUUUGCUUGAAAGUAUUAAAAUAUAAUCUGGUUUACUGAAGUUUAAGGUCAUCCUUGAAACUGCAGAAGUUACAAUCAAUUUCGCUCUCUACAUCCUCGAUACUGCCGGGGUUAUAAUCACUUUCGCUCUCUACAUCCUCAAAACUGCCGGGGUUACAUCCUCGAAACUCCCGGGGUUACCAUCUCUUUUGCUCUCUACAUCCUCAAAACUAUAAGGAUUAUAACCACUUUCGCUCUCUACAACCUCGAAACUACAGAGGUUAUAAUCACUUUUGCUCUCUACACGCGUGGAACAUGUCAUUGCAAAAUUGAAGGUUCCAUGAGCGACACCUAGUGGACAAGAUGGAAAGACUAGUUUGAUCCUUUGAUGUACAUGAAACAAAUCUUGAGGUUGCAUAACAGUAUAUUGUAAUGGCUUUGAAGCUGGAUGUCACUACUCAUUAAUCUUCAAAGGAAGUGCAUCAGCCUGUGAUUGGUCAGAUUUUUACUGCUGGAACCAAUCAAAUUACUUAAAUUGUGUCUUCAGAUUUGCCGUGACAUGUUCCAGGGGUGCAGAGAGUGAAAGUGAUCGUAACUCCUAGAAAUUUGAGGAUGGACUAAGGUUCACAACUUAAAAUAUAUUUUCUGAGGCUAUAAUUUUGUGGAUUUCAAAAAAUACAAUAUUAAAGAAUUAUAUAUCAUAUUGACUUUCAGCUGUUUAUUGAUUGUGGACAUAAAAAUCUUGGAUUUUGAGUAUCAAUGAAUCAAAAUAUUGGAAAAAAAAAAUUGCCUACAAAAAUCACUGAUUUUUUGUUACAUACUGUCAAUAUAUACAAUGUAGUUGUUUGUGUGUGUUUUAUUAUAAUAUUUGUGUAUAUUAUUAUAUUGAUACAGUUCAGUUAGAAACAAUGUACAACACAAAGUGAGAAGAAAGAUGAUAAUAUUUCACUAAUUAUACCAUCAGCAUAUGUCAUAAGUGUUAACAUAAAUGCUUAAAGCAACAAUUCAUUCAUUCACUCCUAGACUCAUGGUCAUAUUGUUCACUGUGUUGUCAUAUUUAUCUGGGCCUUUUGGGAAGAAUAAAAUAUAUUGGAAGUGAAGGAGGGAGCUAGGUUUAUUAUCCCAACAACACAAAACAGGACAUUAGAAGACAUGUCUGUGUGAGCUGACAACUUUAUCUUAGUAUAUAAUCAAACAAAUUUUCUGGUAACAAAUUGUCUUAGUGAGAUCUGGAAGGGAACACCAGACCAGGUUUUGCUUAAAGAAAUUGUUAAGAUUAGUACUUGAUAAUGUAUAUUGCAAUGCUAUUGAUUUAUUUUGAUUAUCAAAAUGUUGGAAAUGAUUUCUAUUAAUUAUCUUGACAAUGAUUCUCUUCUGUAAAAUGUAGGACUUCCCAGGUAUCAGAGAUUGUUUCUAUAAGAAAUGUCACUUUUAAAUAAUACCUUCCAAUUAAUGGUAAUGAAUCGUGAUUUUAGGCUCAUUAUAACCAUUCAUAUUUCAGUCCUUGAGUGGUUUGACAAUUAUUCAGAAAUCCUAUAUUUUUAUAUAAAGAAAUGUUGAUGAAAUAUAUGUCAUGCUUGUUGGAAAUUAAAUUGAAAAUGUUCAGAAA